AUGUCCGACCGCUGCCAGCCCUUCUUGCAGUGCAUAAAGAAGUCCACCAACACCUCCUGGGGACCAGAACAGCAAAAAGCAUUGGAAGAAUUGAAGACUUACUUGAGCUCUCCUCCUAUAUUGAGUUCACCUAUUGCUGAUGAAGAUUUAUUCUUAUAUUUGUCUGUCUCAAAAUUCGCUGUAAGUUCCGUUCUUUUUCGAGAAGAAGCCAAUCGUCAGAGGCCAGUGUUCUACUGCAGCAAGAUGUUGUUAGAUGCUGAAACCCGAUACAGCAUGAUGGAAAAAUUGGCACUCGCACUCCUCACGGCCAAAAAGAAGUUACGACAAUACUUUGAAAGCCACACAAUCAUCGUAUAUACGGACUAUCCAUUAAAGCAGGUACUCGCUGACUUCCUGGUUGAAAUUCAGUCGUUCACUCCUGAUGCCUUGCCAGAAUUACUAGAAUCAGAAGAUCAAUGGUUGUGGACAAUGCACACUGACGGAGCAUCCAAUUCCCAAGGGGCUGGUAUUGGCGUCGUAUUAGAAGCUCCCUCGGGCCUAAAGAUCGAAGAAGCCAUUCGUUUAGAGCAACCCACGACGAACAAUGAAGCAGAAUAUGAGGCACUGAUCUAUGGUUUGGAACUCGCACGCGAAAUGGGAAUCCAGCGUCUAAACGUCAGAGGCGACUCGCAGCUUAUGAUAGAACAAGUGGCUGGGAAUUUCGAUACCAAAGCACCCCAUCUGGCUAGCCUCCUACAGAAGGCAACCAUUUUACGGUCGCAUUUUCGCCAGUUCGACCUCACACAAGUACCUCGGGAGAAAAAUCAGAAGGCCGAUGCCCUUGCCAAAUUAGCUUCUGCGGGAGCGUGCACACGCCAAUCCUCCAUAUCUUUUAGCCGAUCAAGCAAAGAUAAGGAAGUCUGUUCCACCUCAUCCGAACCCGAAUGCUGGAUAGAUCCGAUCAUCAAGUACUUGACCACCUCCGAGCUCCCACCUAAUCCGAAAGAUGCAAAACUUCUGCGCCUUCGGGCACAACGCUAUUCCAUGAUCCAUGGCACGUUGUACCGAAAAUCCUUCAAUGGCCCGUAUCUGCGAUGUUUGUGCCCAUCAGAAGCUAAAAAAUUGUUAGAAGAAAUACAUGAGGGGGCAUGCGGAAAUCACACAGGGGGACGAAGCUUGGCACACAAAGCGCUUACAGCAGGAUAUUACUGGCCGUACAUGAUGACAGAGGCACGAGAUUAUGCUAAGAAAUGUGACAAAUGCCAACGAUUUGCACCCACCAUCCAUCAACCUGCUCAAACCCUACACUCCAUUGUUGCACCUUGGCCUUUUGCAAAAUGGGGAAUGGAUGUAGUAGGUGAACUUCCUAAGGUCGUUGGUGGAAAACGAUAUGCUCUUGUAGCCACUGAUUACUUCACAAAAUGGGUUGUGGCAGAGGCGUACGUCACGGUCAACAAAACAGACACUAUGUCCUUCAUCUGGAAACAUAUUAUAUGUCAAUUUGGAAUACCCUGGGAGAUAGUCGUCGACAACGGCACUCCAUUCCAAAAUGCAAAGGUACAAGAACUAUGCGACACGUACAAGAUCAAGCUAAGCUUCGCCUCUGUUACUUACCCGCAGGGUAAUGGUCAAGCAGAAGCUUCCAACAAAGUCAUCUUUGCCAACAUUAAGAAGAAUUUGGAAGACAAAAAAGGAGCAUGGGUAGAAGAACUACCGAAAGUGUUAUGGGCUUAUAGAACAACAAAAAGAUCCUCCACGGGGGAGUCUCCCUAUGCCAUGGUUUAUGGAACAGAAGCUAUCAUCCCAACAGAAGUCGGUCUGCCUACACUUCGGACAGAGAUUGCAUCUGAUCCAACAACGAACACCAUUCAAUUACUGCACAACCUAGACCUUCUAGAAGAAACACGUACAAUGGCCCAAAUGAGACUGGAAAAUUAUCAGAAGGUAGCAGAACGCUACUACAACAAAAGGGUCCAAUUACGCACAUUUCAAGAGGGAGAUUGGCCACAUUACACUAAGUCCGACACGUGGUAA